AUGGCACUUCAGCGCGAGUGCGAGUCCCUCCGGGCUCUGUUCAUUCGUCAACAACAGCAGCAGCUGGCCUUCUGGACUGGACCAUUCAUGGAAGUGCUACACCGUGAUGGACCUUCUCCCAAAACAGAGGUUGGAGAUCCGGGAAGUCAGGCAACGGACAUCCCUCCGUCGCCGAUCAGGUAUGCCUUGCAAGGCCUGCAGGGAGCGCCACCGUCCUCAAAUCCGCGGGCCGGUGUUCAAUGCCCCUCGAGCUUGCAGUCACAGCUUGAGUAUUGGCGCGAGAUGGCGCUAGAUCUCCAAAGGAAGCUGCAGAAGCCUUCGUGCACAGUCAGCUCCAAGGCGACACCGGAGACGGCCUUGAGUCUGGCAUCACGAAGGCACAUUAUCCGGGGCGUGGGAAGCAGUCCGGAGCCGACAGACUUGACCACUUGA